AUGUACACAACCCCACCCAGCCGCUGGCAGGCCUUACAAACCCGCUGUCCCUCCGCUCACUCCGCCUUCGUCUACGCCGUCCUGACGACCCGCAUCUACUGCCGUCCCACCUGUUCCGCGCGACUCGCCCGCCGCGCAAAUAUUGUCUUCUACGAUACAGCGGCAGCUGCCGCAGCAGCCGGGUUCAGGGCAUGUAAGCGCUGCAGACCUGAGCAACGGCAAGGUUCGGGCGGGGACGAUGGGCAAGAAAAGGCAGCCCAAAGAGCCCGUGAGAUUAUCGGAAGAGCUCAAGGAUCGGUGACGCUAAAAACAGUGGCGGAAGAGGUAGGAUUAUCAUCGAGAUACCUACACGGCAUUUUCAAGAAGGUAUUUGGUGUCACACCGGGGGCGUACGCGGAGAAGUUAAGACGAACAGAGGGACACGUGAUGGAGGAGGGCGACGGCCCGCAACAGCAGGAGGGGCUGGCAGAUCUAUCUCUUAGGAGCCAGUGCGACUUAGCGGACAACGGUGCGGGAUAUGCGGGACUCGAUGGCUGCAUAGCUGCGGCCGAUCUGGACAGCCUGAGACUCACUCCGCUGCUAUCUGACAAUGGUCAACCAGCAGGGUUCGCCAGCUGGGAAAGCUUACUCGGGGUCGAUGCGACCUACGGAUGCGACGCCGUAACAAACACAGAAACACCAUUAUUUACUCCUUCGGCCGACAGCUCGGGCUCUACACCCGCUGCGAUUGCGCACCUAGAAAACUCCUACUCGCUUCCACCUACGCAAGACAAAACAGUCGGCCAGGCCACAGAGCAAAUGGUACAUGAUUUGGGCAUCGAAUGUCCUCUCAUGCCUCUAGAUUGGUUCACAAUACCAGACGAUCACUGGUCUACGGAUAUGAAUCAAUGGCUGGAUUACAGUAUGGAUGACGCUGCUAUGAUCGGGAAGCUUUGCCUAGAGCCAGAGUUUGGCUACAAGGUCGUACCGUAG